AUGCCCAAGAAACCCGAGAAGAAGAAGCCCAGCACGGCCCCCACCGACCGUGCCCCCGUCACCAAUGACUCCCGCUUCGCCUCCGUCCACUCGGACCCGCGCUUCGCCAUGCCGCGCCGCAAAGACGCAAAGAUCGCCAUCGACAAGCGCUUCACGCGCAUGCUCAAAGACGACGACUUUGCGCAAAAGGCCUCCGUCGACCGCUACGGCCGCAAGCUCGCAAAGGACGCCGGCAAGGAAGAAAUCAAGCGGUACUACCGCCUCGACGACGACGACGACGAUGACGCCGAAGGCUCCGGCUCCGAGGACGAGGACGAGGAUGAGGAUGAGGAGGACGAAGGCAAGCCCCGCUACGACCCGGCCCGCGGCGAGGGCGUCAUCAGCUCCUCGGACGACGACAGCUCCGACGAAGAGGAGGACGAGGAGGUGGACGCCGCAGAGGAGGACCAGAUUGCGAGGGAGGCCAUGCAGCGCGAGGAGAUCCCCACGGGCGACGUCACGGCGCGGCUCGCCGCCGUCAACCUGGACUGGGACCAUGUGGCGGCCGUGGACCUGAUGGCGGCGUUCUCGUCGUUUGCGCCGAGCGGCGGGCGGGUGCUGAGGGUCACGGUGUAUCCGUCCGAGUUUGGGCGCGAGCGCAUGGAGCGCGAGAAUAUGGAGGGCCCGCCGAGCGAGAUCUUUAGGCCGAAAGAGGACGAGGAGGAGAUUGAUCCCGAUGAGGAGGUCACGGUCAAGACGCUGGUCAAGGAGGAUAAGGGCCAGGAGUUUGAUAGUGCGAAGCUCCGCAACUAUCAGCUGGAGCGGCUGCGGUAUUACUAUGCGGUGGUCGAGUGUGAUAGGCCCGAGACGGCCCACCACAUCUACGAGCAGUGCGACGGCGCGGAGUAUGAAGCCACUGCAAACUUCUUUGACCUGCGGUUUAUCCCCAACGAUACAAGCUUUGAGGACGAUACGCCGCGGGAUACGUGCACGGAGGCGCCGGCGAACUACAAGCCUAAUGACUUUGUCACUGAUGCCCUGCAACACAGCAAAGUAAAACUAACCUGGGACGCCGACGACACCGCGCGCCAAACCGCCGCCAAACGCGCCUUCUCGCAAAAGGAAGUCGAAGAAAUGGACGUCAAGGCCUACCUCGCCUCCGACUCCGACUCCGACCCCGAGGACGAGUCCGCAAAAGAAAAAUACCGCGCCCUCCUCUCCGGCACCCUCGCCGGCCUCAGCGGGAAGGGCAAGAAGGACGAGCAGCCCACAGGCGAUAUGGAGAUCACAUUCACGUCCGGCCUGAGCGGGAAGGAGAAGGGCGCAAAGAAGGAGAAGAAGGCGAAAGCGAAAGCGCAGCGCGCCGCCGAGGCCGCCGAGGCCGCCACAAAACGUGGUGAGCUCGAGGCGCUGAUGGCCGACGCGGACAGGGACGGGCUGAACCACUUUGACAUGAAGCAGGUUGUCAAGGCGGAGAAGGCGGGGCGGCAUGGGGGGAAGAAGGGGAAGGGGAAGAAGCGGUCGCGGCAGGCGGAGGAGGCGCUGGAGGAGGGGAUGCAGCGGGGCUUUGAGAUUGAUGUCGGGGAUGAGCGCUUCAAGGCUGUGUAUGAGAGGAAUGAGUUUGCGAUUGAUCCGACGAAUCCGAGGUUUGUGAAGACGAAGGCGAUGGAGAAGCUGCUUGGGGAGCGGCAGAGGAGGGGGAAGAUGGGGGCGGGUGGGGGGGAGAGGGGGGAGGAGCAGCAGCAGGGGAAGAGGAAGAAGGUGAAGAUGGGGGGCGUGGAGGGAGGGCCGAAGAGUGAUGAGGUGAAGAGACUGGUGCAGUCGCUGAAGACUAAGAGUAAGCAGGCGAAGAAAUAG